AUGAAGUUCCUCGCUAUCGGUGCACUCCUGCUCAGCACAGUUGGUGCUCUUGCGACGGAGCAUAUUCUCAACGGCGCCCAAAUUAUCCCAGCCAACGAUAAGGUAGCACUGGAAAAGGCCGGUGCUCGGGGAAACUACAAGCGUCAUGACCGUCGAACAGUGACGAUCCGGUCGUCGAAGAGUGACACCGACGAUGUGUCCGAUGAUUUUCUUUGGGGUAUUAAGGCUGCCAAUCACGGUGGCAGACUUCUUUUGCAAAAGGGGAAGACGUAUGUCAUUGGCAAAAAGCUUGACCUCAGCUUCUUAGAUGAUAUCGAAGUGCAGCUGGAGGGUGAAGUGAAGUUCACCGAUGACAUUGCUUACUGGCAAGCAAACCACUUCUUUUAUUCUUUCCAGAAGUCGAUUACUUUCUGGGUCUGGGGUGGUCAGGACAUCAAGAUUUUUGGAAAGGGAACUCUCAAUGGGAAUGGUCAGGAGUGGUACAAUGCCUUUGCAGGCCUGGAAAUUCUGGACCCGGACAACACUUUUUACCGCCCCAUUCUCUUCAUGACUGACAACGCUACCCGUGUGUCUGUCGAGGGUAUCACCCAACUCAACUCCCCCUGCUGGACCAACUUCCUCGUUCGUACCAAGGAUAUCUCUUUCGAUGAUGUCUUUAUCAACGCCUUUUCCACCAACGCAUCUGCUUUGCCCAAGAACACCGACGGAUUUGAUUCCCUCAACGUGGAUGGUCUUAGUGUGACCAAUACCCGCGUCGAUAUCGGCGAUGACUGUUUCUCGCCCAAGCCCAACACAACCAACGUUUUCGUGCAGAACCUGUGGUGCAACAAUACGCACGGGGUUAGCAUGGGGAGUAUUGGACAGUACUCCGGAGUCGAGGACAUUAUUGAGAAUGCCUGGAUUGAGAACGUGACGCUGUUGAAUGGUCAGAACGGCGUCCGUCUCAAGGCUUGGGCUGGACCAGACAUUGGCUUUGGUCGCAUCAACAACAUCACAUACAAAGACAUUCAAAUCGAAAACACCGAUGUUCCUAUUGUGAUGGAUCAGUGCUACUUCGACGUCAACGCUACCACGUGUGCCAGGUACCCGUCCCCUGUCAACUUCACCAACAUUCACUUCGAGAAUAUCCAGGGCACUUCGUCGGGCAAGAACGGUAAAGUUGUCGGCGAUUUGACUUGCUCGCCCAAUGCUGUGUGCUCGGGUAUUAAGCUCUCUGAUAUUGAUAUUACUAGCCCGGCUGGCGGUCCCCCCGUCGUGAUCUGUGAUGGAAUUGAUGGAGAUAUUGGCGUGGAGUGCCAGUCGAGCUCAAUUUAG